CGGUCGGCACGUUCUUACUUCAUAGCAAAGUAAGGUUAUAUUCGAAUAGCGUAUGACUGUGAUUAAAAUUAAUAACACGAGAGAUGAGUGCAAUGACGACUAAUUCCUGUGCGGUUCCGACCUGCAACACGGGUCGAAAAUUAGCGAAAGAAAAGUGCUCCGCGUUCAAAGUUCCAUCGAAUCGUGAACUGCGUGAAAAAUGGAUUGCUGCGAUUCCUGGAAUUUUUUACCUAAAUUCGUCACAAUUUGUCUGUGAAAAACAUUUUCCGGAGCGAUUCAUCAGAAGGAAGUGGAUAAAAUAUGACGCAAACGGUCGGAUUAUCGCAGAAGCGCCGUAUUCCCGUGUUCGUCUCGAUCCUUUGGCAGUGCCUUCUGAAUUUGACAAUAUCAAUGAAUUGGGCAAUGUCAAUGUUGCCGAUGGCUUCAUCGAACAACACAAUAGGAAGGAGCACGAUUAUUGUGUCACAAAAGAGACUCCAACAGUUGAAGCGGAGAGUACACCGGUUGCCAUAGCAAUUGAAACUCCGUCAUCUUCAGAUCACGACGCCAUUGAAAGAUCUUCCAUACAAGAUAUUUCAACCAACGAAAUGGCAUUGGAUCCCGUAAUGAACGAUUCAGCUGAGCCGAUGCAGGAUGAACCAAUACAAGAUGUUCGCACCCCCCAAACGCGUGGCUGCAAAUUUAACUUUUCAGAAGUUACUUUGAGCUGUACUACUGAAGGAAGCAAUGAAUCCAUCUUGAUACCGAAGUCGUGGACUGUUAGUGAAUUGAGCACAGAUAACGCUGGUGUUCUUUUUUCAUACGCUACAUCUAAGGUCAACAACGGCGAAAAUGUACCGGUCAUACAAAGACUGGUCAAGCUGGACCCCAACAAACAGCUGCGUUAUUUUGUAUACGGGCGUGUCGUGGACGUGCAUGAAUGUAAACUCCCGCAAGUCUUGGAUAGCAUGGACUUACUACCGCAAGCUUUGGAGAACUUCAAGAAUAUGAUUUUGUGUAAUGGUCUCGGCUCUAUCAACGAGCAUCACCUAUCAUUAAACAGCGUCUUCAAAAAUGGUGUCGACCAUUGGCAUGCCCGAGAUUGCACUUUGAUCUCGAAAAGGAAAAGAUGUGCUUGCUGCAUUAAAAUGAGGGCUGUAGUCCUAAAGAGAGAAUCGAGAUCGAAAACGGAAAAAUCAUUGAAACGUGUCCAUCAAGCUUCCAACCCUAUUGACCAAAGGAAAGUAAACGCAUUGCGGAAAAGAAAUGAACGUAUCAGACGAAUUCAGCAAAGAACCCGCAAACGUAUCCACCUAUUGGAGGGAAGUUUGAAAGAAAAAGCUGCUGAAAUUGCUCUCAUUCAUAAUCAAACUUUAAUCGAUAGAUGCUCAAAACUAAAAAUUCCAGCCACUCAACAGACUGCACUUCAGGAAAUAAUUGCGGCUGCAGGGAAGAACGGCAAGAAUCGUCGAUACGGGGAACAGUGGAUCAUGCUUUGUUUAUUGAUGAAUAUAAGGUCGCCGAGUUUUUACGAAUUCCUUCGCACGAACAGUGUUCUGCCACUGCCUUGUUCUCGAACCAUUCGUGAAUAUUUUUCACUGAUUGACCUGAAGUGUGGUUUCGAUAAAAACUUCGCCAAAUUGCUUCAAAAACAUUUCGAUAAAAAAACGCCUUUGCAACGACAUGGGGUGAUUUUGCUGGAUGAAAUGAACUUGAGGAAGUCUGUGGGCGUAUCUUCAAAACAUUUGAGUUACGUCGGGUUGAUUGACUUUGGUGAUGAUGGUCCGCAGUCUGUUAACAUUGAAGAUCAAGCGACACAUGGGCUAGUCAUCAUGUUCCAUCCUCUUGCGGAUUCAUAUUCGCAACCAGUUGCAGUUUUUGCAUCGAAAAAUUCAGUCAAGGGUGAAGAACUCGCAAAGCUGGUCGUUAAAGCCAUCGAAUAUUUGGAGAAAGCUGGUGCGAAAAUUCAUGGGGUCAUCGCCGAUGGUGCAGCGACAAACGUCAAGAUGUGGUCAUUAUUGGGUGUCUCAGGUUCGAUGGAGGAUACAAAGACCUGGUUCACGCACCCCGUUGAUGAAAAACGAAAAGUUUUCGUAUUCUCUGAUGCACCUCACGUCAUUAAAAAUCUUCGGAACAGGCUUUAUAACAGAAAAAAGUUGCGGGUGGAUUCGUCGAAGGAUUACAUACGUUGGGACUACAUUAGCAGUCUGUUCAACCUUGACACGCGGCAUCCUGGAAAUGCAAGAGCAUGUCCAAAGUUAACGCAACGGCACGUUGUAUUGGACAGCACUUAAAAAAUGCGCGUUCGACUCGCAACUCAGGUGUUUAGUAACUCCGUUGUGCAAGGACUACGCUUCUACCUAUCUCACAAUCCGGAAGGUCCGCUUAAAGGGUGCGAAGAAACGAUGGAAUUUUGUAAGCGCAUGAAUGAUAUGUUCGAUGCUCUGAAUCGGAAAACUCC